CUGGUGAGCUGGGAGUCCGUGCAUGGGGCCAUUCCAAACGGUGCGUUUGUUUUCAUGUGGUCUGGCUGGGACGUCAGGUACCCGGACCCUUACCGGACGUUCAACACGGCCACACCCAACGACAGUACAACGUUCCAUUUCCCUGGUAAGAAGACGCAUAGUUAAUGAACUUUGCGGUUGGCAUUUUAGAUACCAACGUUGUUAAACCAUUUUCUUAAACCCUAAGCGACUGCUUACAUUUUUUUUUUGGACCCUCGGAUAAUUUACAUGCGCCUUUUAUAAUAAUUAUAAAAUCCUUUACAUUAACUUCGCUUUUGUGUGUUAAGGGCAAAAUCUUCGGACGGCUAAUUGACCCACUUCCCGUCAACAUAUCGAGUUGAAAUAUGGCACAUGGACUCACAUUACCGAUAACAACACAUUCUUUAAAAUUUUUAGCAUCUGGUUUUAGCGCCCUCUCUUAUUUUUAUUUUUAUUUUUUAGGUGGGAUAUGUAUAUUUAGAUAAUGUACAUUUAAUUUAUACUUAUUUAAAUGUGGUUUUUGUUUUGUUUUUACUGAUGAAGGCAUGUGCCGAAACGUUUACGUGUGUAUAAUGUAUACUUAUUAUUAAAGCGUAACUUGUAUUGUUAUAUUGACACAAUUUGUUCGUGCCUUAUUAAUCUAUUUUAAAGCUUUAUUGCAGUCCAAAACUUUUUAUAAUUAGUUUGGUAAGGAGUUGGAAUUAUAAGGAUAGAACGGAAUAAUAUUAUAAUUUUUUUUCAUCGGUGGUUGGGGUGGGGAAGGCACAUCUUUUAAUGUGAAAACUUUCAAUAUAAUCCUUAAAAAUAUCUUAAUAAAUUUUUAAAAAUAAUUGACUCUGUAGGUUUCCACCCUGAUGCCGUCACCUGGCUGUUGAAGAACAGGAGAAUCAGCAUGAUAGGUGUGGACACGCCCUCUGUCGACUACGGCCAGACGGAAGUGUAUGACGUCCAUCAGAUCGUCGGCAAAGCCAACGUCAUGGGACUCGAGAACGUCAACAAUCUGGGACGCAUACCGGCCUCUGGGGCGACCAUCAUCGCCUCGCCCGUGAAACUUUUUGACGGAAGCGGAGCCCCUAUUCGGAUACUCGCCUUGGUGACCGGAAGUCAAGAAUACUCGAACGCUUGCCCAAAGUGCAGCACAUAUAGUUAG